AUGAUUAUUUUGGGACAGUCUGGAUUCAAACGUGUGUGGAAUAUACAUAAAAACGUUUUGCAAGCCCUAUUUCAGCGCAUUUCCCGCAUCUGUGGCAUUUCACCAUCCAGCAAUCGCUUGAUUUUUGUGCACUUUUUUGCACUAUGGAGAAUGGACUUAUAUGCGAGUAGCAUAUCAUACGAUAUAAGAACGAUGCAAAUCUGGCUCGGUCAUGCUUGCGUGAUAAUUAUCUCCACUGUUCUGAUCCAUUCUCAACCAAUCUCUCUCUCCGGUGUACAGAAUGGCACUCUUCUGGAUCCGGACACGUAUGAGGAUAAACGUGUUCGCGCGCACAUGGAACGUCAAUUGAAACGUCUGUUGCCGUCUGUUUAUCAGUUGGCCGAUGCGCGACAGACGCGUCCCAGUGCACGGCAGGCUAUUUAUGCCCAGUGUAAACAGCUUCAGCGUGCCUUGGAGAAUCUCCUGAAUGAGUAUAAUCGAAAGGUAAUCUGUUCCAUCUCAGUCGAUUUAAUGUAUAUUAUUAGUGUCAUUACCAUAAAUGACUUAUCAAGUGUUCAUCACAUUUGCCAGAAAUGGCGAUUCGAUCUCAUUUUGAAUCUUUUCUGUUGA